UUCCUAAGUCAACGCGUAUCUUCAUCACUGAGAACAAGAAACAGCCCAACCAACUACCCCAAACCAAAUUAUGAUCACACAAUUCCAUUCUUAACACAACAUUAUUCCAAACAAUUCCUUUUCUCUUCCUCUGCAUGGGCUCCUCUUCGUUCUUCAUCUUCUUCUUUUCAUACGCCAUUCUUCUUCCACUUACCUCUUCAGCGCCUAUUCUCACCAACUCCAUCUCCCCAAAUUUCACCGCCUCUUCUCUCCAAUUCAUCGAUAACUCUGGCGCUUUCUUGCAGUCUUUAAACAAAACCUUCAAGCUCUCCUUUUCACACCCCAACUCAGAACUCUCUCAGUACUAUCUAUCCAUCAUCCACUCUCCUUCCAAUCUAAUCAUCUGGACUGCAAAUCCAAACAAACCCAUUUCCGAUUCUUCCAAGUUCACUCUAUCCCUCAACGGUCUCUCCAUCACCAACGAUGAUGGCCGCCUUGUGUGGUCCACUCCUAAGCUUGACUCUCCAGUUUCGGUCAUGCAGCUUCAAGAUUCUGGAAAUCUUGUUCUUCUUGAUGCCCAAAACGUUUCUCUUUGGGAGAGUUUCGGUUCUCCAACGGAUACCCUUGUCAUUGGACAACGCUUAUAUCUCGGUCAAUCAUUGAACGGUGCCGUUUCCGGAAAUGACUUGUCGGUUGGUGAUUACAGAUUGGUUGUUACUGACGGUGACGCGGUUCAGCAAUGGAAUGGGUUGAAUUAUUGGAAGUUGUCCAUGUAUACUUCAGCUUUUAAGAACUCCAAUUCUCCGGUGUCGUUUUUGUCAAUGAAUGGGACUGGGUUGUAUUUGUUUGCAAGUGAUGGAUCAACGGUGGUGAUUCAGGUGGAAUUGGGUUCUUCUUCUGAUUUUAGAAUUGCUAAAUUGGGGACUAACGGGAGGUUUAGUGUUAGUAAAUUUGUGAGUGAUAGCUGGGUGGAAGAAUUGGCUAUUCCUGUUGAUGAAUGUAGAAUUCCUUUUAUUUGUAACAAAAUUGGAUUGUGUUCAAGUAGUAGUUGUUCUUGUCCAUCAGGUUUUCACCCUAAUACCAAUGGCGAUUGUGUUCCAGUGAAUGCUUCUCUUUCAUUGCCGAGUGCUUGUACUAAUAGAGGUGAAUUGAAUUCUUCAAUCAGCUAUUUGGAAUUGGGCAAUGGAAUGGACUAUUUCACUAAUGACUUUGUUCAACCUGUGAAACAUGGUAUCGUUUCAUCAGAAUGUCAAGAUUUGUGCUCCGGAAAUUGCUCUUGCUUGGCCUUCUUCCAUGAAGAAGCAUCUGGUUCUUGUUAUAUUAUUGAAAAUCAUCUCGGUUCCAUCAUGUCCGCCUCUUCUGAUAAGGACGGGGAUCGUUUCGGAUUCAUAAAGACCAGAGUCUCAUCUUCCCCGGACGCAAACACGAACACAAAUGCUAACGAUCAAGCGGGUAAAUUUCCAAUUGCAGGUCUGGUUCUAUUGCCUACAUCUGGGUUUUUUCUGUUAAUUAUAUUAGUUAUAGGAUUUAUUUGGUGGAGGAAAAAUAAAAAGCAAUCUAGAGGUGAAGUAGUGAAGUUAGGCAGCAGAAAUUCAUCUUUUGAAGAGCUUGAGUUGAUUAGUAUACCGGGAUUACCCGUAAGGUUUUAUUAUGAGGAGCUUGCAAUUGCUACUGAUAGCUUUAAGACCCAAAUUGGCAGUGGUGGAUUUGGUACUGUCUAUAAAGGAAGUUUACAUGACAAAACUGUUGUGGCUGUGAAGAAAAUAAUUAGUAUGGGAGUACAGGGGAAGAAGGAAUUCUGUACUGAGAUUGCAAUCAUCGGAAACAUUCAUCAUAUCAAUCUUGUUCGACUGAAAGGAUUUUGUGCGCAAGGGAGACAAAGGUUUUUGGUUUAUGAAUACAUGAACAAAGGUUCUCUGGACAAGACAUUGUUUGGAAAUGGACCUGUUUUAGGAUGGCCCGAGAGAUUUGAAAUCGCUCUUGGAACUGCAAGGGGGCUUGCUUACUUGCAUAGUGGCUGCCAGCACAAAAUUAUUCAUUGUGAUGUCAAGCCGGAGAACAUUCUCUUGCAUGAAAAUUUUCAAGUGAAAAUCUCGGAUUUUGGUCUUUCGAAGCUGCUAGGCCCAGAACAGUCCAGUCUAUUUACCACCAUGAGGGGUACCCGGGGAUAUCUUGCACCGGAAUGGCUAACACACACUGCAAUUACCGACAAAACAGAUGUGUAUAGUUAUGGAAUGGUAUUACUUGAAAUUGUGAGGGGAAGAAAGAAUUGCUCAUUGCAGACACACCGCAGCAGCACAGAAAAAGAUAGGAGGGACGCAACUACCAGGUCUUCACCUUUGGAUUCAUGGUCUGUGUAUUUCCCUCUGCUUGCCCUGGAAAUGCACGAACAGAGAAGGUAUUUGGAGCUGGCAGACCCAAGGCUAGAGGGGCAAGUGAGAAGAGAGGAGGUCGAGAAGCUAGUACGGGUGGCGUUGUUAUGUGUGCAGGAAGAGCCAAUGCUGAGGCCAAGUAUGUCAAAUGUUGUUAGCAUGUUAGAAGGUGGAAUGCCUUUGGGUGAACCAAAUAUCGAGUCCUUGCGCUUUUUGCGGUUUUAUGGGCAGAGAUUCACAGAGCCAUCAACAAUCGGAAAUUCCAACGAGCAGAAUGAGUUUAUAUUGUACUCGGAAGCAAACGGUACAAAUAGCUCUGCUAACACUAACAGCGCUUCAUACAAUUUCUUAUCUUACAUGUCAUCACAACAGGUUUCUGGUCCAAGAUAGAGCUUAAAGUAUAUUCUUUAUUUGGUUGUGGUCUUGUUGUAGCAAAUGCAUUUACAGUUUUAUUUUUUAACAAUUUAUCAAGGAAUGCAAAUUCUUUCCUUCAUCUGUAAAUACUUGAGAAUUGGUAUUCUCUUGAAUCUGAGAGUAUUUUUAUAAUUAUA